AAAAAGCAGAAAUCGUGUCUUCAAACCGGAUCGAAAUCGUCUCUAAUUUUUGGCAAAAUAUGGAAUGAAAACCUGCAUGAAUAUAAAUCUUUACUUCUAUGUGUAGUCAAGGAAACAACAUCAUGGCUAGUGUAUUUCAACAGGAUUAAUUCUAAAUACUAUACAGAUUUGAUAUCUCCACUGUAGUAGCCUAAUUUUGGAUUUACCUCCAAACUGGGAUCAACCAACCAAUCAAAAGGAUUCAACUGUCAAUCUUGGAUUAUAUAUCAACAAAUUUACGGAUUUGAAUACUGUAUUAACCAAUCAAAAUAGCUGUCUCAACUUACAAUGGUUACAACUUGUCGUUGAUUGUGUCGUUGCCGGGUAUUAGUAAGGAAUGGCUAUAACCGAUAUGGAAGAGGAUUACGACCUCCCUGAUGCAUCACUCGCAAAGGAGUUCUACGCAAAGUAUGAACCAAAGGAGGUCUUAGGAAAGGGUAUUAGUAGUGUUGUACGACGCUGCAUUGAAAAACAAACGGGUCAGGAAUAUGCCGUCAAAAUUAUGGAUGUCACGGAGGAGACGACGUCGGAUGUACAAGCUGAUGAGGUGACAUAUGCAGUAAAGAAAGAAAUCAACAUAUUAAAGAUGUGUGCUGGCCACCAUCAUAUAAUCGCUCUCCAUGAUACGUUUGAGUCAAGCACCUUUAUAUUCCUAGUCUUUGAACUAUGUCGCAAGGGGGAGCUGUUUGACUACCUCACUCAAGUCGUAACAUUAUCAGAGAAACGUACACGUACAAUAAUGAGACAAUUAAUCGAAGCUGUGGCUUUUAUACAUGAUAAAGGCAUCAUACACAGAGACCUCAAGCCUGAGAAUAUUCUGCUAGAUGACAAUCUUAACAUUAUGCUAUCAGACUUUGGGUUUGCACACGUCAUGGCCCAGGGGGAGACUCUAACUGACCUGUGUGGCACCCCAGGGUACCUAGCCCCUGAGGUCCUUGCAGUGUCCAUGUACGAGCAGGUGGAUGGCUAUGGCUGUGAGGUCGAUAUGUGGGCAGUUGGGGUCAUUAUGUAUACUCUUCUAUCAGGUCACCCUCCAUUCUGGCACAGAAAGCAAAUGUAUAUGCUGCGUGCAAUCAUGGAGGGCAAAUACAAAUUUGGUAGCCCUGAAUGGGAUGACAUUAGCGACCCUCCGAAAGAUCUGAUAUCAAAACUAUUAGUUGUAAAUCCUAAGAAAAGACUGACUGCCAAGCAAGCAUUAGAACAUCCAUUUUUUAAGAGAGAGACUGUACCAGUGAAAGAAUUUAAUGCCAAAAGAACAUUUAAAGUUGCCAUUAUAGCAGUGUUAACAACAUUUAGGAUCCGAAAUCUACACUUCAACCCCCCUCCCAUAUCAAUAGACACUAUUAAACAUGAUCCAUACAGUGUGAAAAACUUUAGGAAAAUUAUAGACGGGUGUGCAUUUAAAGUAUAUGCCCAUUGGGUCAAAAAGGGGGAGGAACAAAACCGUGCUGCUCUAUUUGAAAUUACUCCAAAAAUGGACUUGAAGGUUGCCCAGAAUUCACACAGGUGAUACAGGUUGAUCUAUUAGCAUGGCCUGGUUAUUGCAGCAUGAUUGUUGAUUGAGCAGUUUAAAUGGCCGACAUUGGAACAAGCUUAUUAUUCAUUGUAAACAAUGUUUGUUAACAAGUGACUCAACUAAUAUGUUAAUGACAUCAACCAUGUGGCUUGUUACUAUAGCAACUAAGGUGGGGAUUACCCAGAGACAAACCAAAUAAGGAAUGACGAUAUGUGAAAUCGCUUUUAUUGGUGUAGUACUGCACACCUCUAAGUAGUGCUACAAGAGAUGUUGUUAUAAUACUAUUGAUGAUGGACUUCGAUACUCAAUAUGUUAGGGUCAUUAUAUAUGUUUAAAUACAUCUCAAUUGUAUUGCAUGAUUGUCAUUAGAUAAAAACCCGAGUGCUCUAAUACCAUUUUU